CAUGUUCGAACCACAAAAAACUGUAGUGGUUGUUCGAAAUGCCAAGUAGAAGUCAAGCGGCUCCCUCUGGUGGCCGAUUCAUGAUUUCCACAACACAUUCCGCAGUUUAGUCCCUAAAAGACGAUGACGAUGACGAUGACGAUGACGAAUUAUGGCGACCCAAGAAUUUCCAUGUCAACUUUUCACAUAUUAAUGCUGCUGCUUCAUCCUUCAAAUUGCGACGUUGCAGUUAACUGUUUCACGGGAUAAUUGACGUCUUAACCGUCUAAUCCAUCUCAUUUAUUUGCUCAUUGACUUUGGUAGAAUUUGGACCUCACCUCGUACUAAUAUCUAAUACAGCAUAUAUUCACACAUUUUCACCAGCGAAUUAUAGGACAAAAUUAACCUGAAAGCGAGGAUUGCAGACAAAAUCAUUUUUCAAAAUGAGACGAGUAACUCAGCGAGCUCCAAGAAGGAUUGUGGAUCGUAGCAAUGGAGAAUGGGAUGAAUUUGACCCAAGAUUGAAUGAUUAUACUGUCGAUAACUUUUAUACUUCAGGACCAGGGUUACAUUUACCUCCCAAUAUGCCUUAUGCUAUGAGGAAAACUGCAGUACCCUACAAGCUCUUUGUAAGCGGAAUCCAUUCUCAUACUACGGAGGAAGGAAUCAGACACAUCUUUAGUAAUUAUGGUCAGCCACUGUCUGUAUUCAGGACCAGGAACAAGUUUCAACAACCUAUUGCAUUUGUGGAGUUUGAAACUCAAUGUGAAGCAGACAACGCGAUCGUUGAGCUAGAUGGAAAACCACCUCUCAACUGGGAGGUGGCCUAUGCCAUGUCGCGUAAAAGUGAAGAAAUACCUUAUCAGCAAUUUGCUAGUCUCAUGCUAGAUUCGGAUUUCGAAAGACAGACACCAAUGUUUCAAACCUCUGGUGUAGGGAAACAAACUUUUCAUUCCAAGCAAUCUCCUGUUCAUAGAAACACAGAAUCUUCAAUGGAACCUGUUCGCGUGACUAAUCACUCUACAAAAAUCCCGACUGAACGAUUCCCGCCUUGUUUUGUUUGUGGAACUGAAGCGUCCCUUAUUUGCACUAUUUGUAAGACUCGGUACUGCUCUCGAACAUGCCAAGGAAGUGAUUGGCCUACUCAUCAGCCUAUUUGUCGACCUCCACCGGCCCUGGAGUCGGCAAAUCUGAAUUCGGACAAAGGUAAUAGAGCGACCCAACUGCAUGCAUCUUCUGGGAAUGGAGUGGUCGCUAGUGCUCGAGAAUACCCCAACAAUUCUUUUCCUCGGGUAAGCGCUGGAGCUUCAGCUAUUAUUCAGCAAGACCGUGGCGUUCCCUUGGAAGGAAUGAGACGACAGCAGCACACAGUUGCAUCUGAAUUGACCAGACCUCAGUCGUGCACAGUUAAGGGUAUACAUCCAAUAGCUGGGGCUUCAAAUCAUCGACCUGUGGAUCUGUCAGUGACGAUACAUCGUAAUAUCAAUUUUGGAUCAAAAACAAUUUCUCCUGACAUGAGAAUUGUGCAGGACAACAGUGAUGUGCCUGUCCAUUACGAGAAAUGUCGCCUAGAUGGAAAAGGUUUGAACCUGCAUGCAACUCCUGAAGUUCAACCAUCAAAAGGUUGUUUGAAUAAUCCCAGCAGAAACAGCAGACUUGCCCAUCCACACAGCAAUAUGAGAAGUGGCGCAUCACCCGUGGGCAGUGAGCCAGUGUCACGCGAGCGUCAGUAUGAUAAUUCAUUAUUGGGAGCAAUACCUAAACAUCGCAAUAUUCCUAUGGCAACUAAUAUUCCAAGAACUCCAAAUGAAUCGCCUCCUCACAGAGCGUCACAACCUCAGACUUCCAGGACGGCGAAAAUCUAUGCAACAGAGUUUUCUUCUAGAGAACUGACACUGCCAUCUGACAAGCCCCAGCAAGUUUCGGUCUGCUUUGUCAAAUCACCAUCCGAAUUCUUCAUUCAGUAUUAUGCAUUCCGAGAGGAACUCACCAAAUUGAUGGAAAGCAUCAAUAAAUCAGCUGCUAAUUCUAAUCCGCUAAUUAACCCUGUGGAAGGAAUGCCUUGCGUCGCACUUUUCCCUGAUGAUGGUUCCUGGUACCGGGCUAAGAUUAUGAAAGUCUUAUCGGAUGGCAUUGGAAUCCGCUACGUCGAUUUCGGUAAUACGAUUAAAAUGCCCAACAGUUCUGAAAGUUGUCGAAUGAUGGAACACUCUCUCAGUGAGGAUCCAUUUUAUGCCAUCAAAGUCAAAUUGGCUGACGUUGUUCCUGUAAACGGGAGCAGCUGGGACACGGACACCAAUAGAAAAUUCAAGGACAUCGUAUUAAACCAAGCCUUCUUGAUGGAGUGUGUCCAGUUGGAUGCAGAUGCUAUGAGUGUUAGGCUGAAGAACCGAGAUGGAUCUGAUUUAGUUUCUCUACUAUUACAUGAAAAUCUCGUGAAAAGAGCAAUUUUAAAGGCUUCAGAUGAGUUGGAUCGUAUUCCGUCUGCUGAUGGAAUUCCUUCACUUUCACAUCUCCAGCAGUUGGUACAAAAGCCGCAAAUCCUUCACUCACAGUUCCGUGGUACUUCCAAUUCAAAUACUUCCACCACAACAUCUUCUUUAGUAAGAAGUCCACAAGCCUCGGUUCAAGCUGCUGCUCCAAAAGAAUUGGCUUCAACUACUUUAACGGUACCUUCGCAGACAUCAUUUCCGGGACAUUCCCCAACACGAGCUGCUUUGCGACAUGAUGCCUGUGUUAUACAACCACGAGCUCCAACAAUGCCUUCAGUUCCUGUUCGUCCGAAUAGCUUACCUAUCCACCAAACUGUGCUAUCAGUUUCUUCCACUCCAUUGACACCAAAGGCCCAUUCUGUCAUCGAAGUUAUUGAAGCUGGCUCAAAAGUUAUGUUCCAAGUAACCAAGCCACUAAACGGAGGCGACCAUUUCAGUGGAAUGCUUGUUCGCGACGAGGAAGAUUUGCCCAUCUUUGAAUUCAGUUCGUUUGCAGACACCAUUGAAACUGUUCCCGAUUUCAGGCCAACCGUUGGAUCAAUUGUGGCCGCUGUCUUUUCCGCUGAUAGCCAGUGGUACCGUGGCUGUGUAACCAAAGUUCUGAAGUCUUCCUACAAUGUUCUCUUUGUCGACUUCGGAAAUGAAGACGAAAAUGUUGUCUCAGUGAAGCCUAUUCCGGCGAGUUUUCAACAUGAAAUGUUGGCUGUCAGAUUGAGUCUUGUUGGAAAUCUUGCUUCGCCAACGAAGCAAUAUGCGGAAGAAAGUAUGUUGCCAGAUAGCAGCCAUUCACUAGAGAUUACUAGCAAAAUGGCCGAUGGCUCAGCUCUGGCCAAAUUCGAUGGAGAAAAUGUUCCAACUUGUAUCGUCAAGAUAGAACCGUGGACCUCACUCUUGGCUGAACCAGAAGUGUCCCCUGCGCCAGAAGCGUCUCCUGCUCCAAAAGUGUCUCUUGCACCUAUUCCUAACAUCUCUUCGCCGAAUUGGGAAGUUGGAUUCUCGUGCAACGUGAUUCCGCUUGCUGCUGAAGACCUUGAUUGUAUUUACGUUCGGGCGGACACAGAAGAAACGAAAGCAUUGACUACCAAGAUUCAAAAAGAGCUCAAAGGAUAUUUUCCCUUCAGUGUGAAGUUACCAACUGUUCCAGCUAUAGGAAGCUGUGUGGCUGCUAUCUUCUCAGAUGACGGCGAUUUAUACAGAGCUCGAAUUACCGAUAUUAAUGGAGAAGCCAUUAGUAUAAUUUUUGUCGACGUUGGAAAAUCAUCUACAGUAUCCCUUAGUGGAAUCCGAGUGCUUCCUGAUUGCUUUUAUGAUUAUCCUGCCUGCUCCAAAAGAGUUUCUCUUGCCCGCGUGGAACGACCUGCUGGUUCUCUUCCCACGACCGUUCAAGAGUUGCUGGUAAACUGCAUCAACAAACUUUAUAAGAUGUUUGUAAUGCCGUCGACGUCUGAAUGGACAGAAUGCACCUUAAUGCAAGAUGGAGAAGUUCUUAAUGAACAGAUAGCUGACUGUCUGGAACAACUGACCAAUGCCACGAGCCACCCAUCAAACCGGAUGCCUGAACUUGAAAUCGCCUCUCCUGGUGAUGUUUAUAUACCUGGAGAAGUUGCCCCUGUUGACAAUACCUUGAGUGAUCUGAGCUACGACGAUGGUAUUUUUAUGGAUCUGCCAGAAGAAGGAUCUUUUGAAGGUGUAGUCACGUGUGUAGACGGCCCUCAGCUGAUUAUGAUGCAUGCUGCAGAUGAACAGAUAUCGAAGAAACUUGCAAAAUUAGAGGAGGAAAUGGAAGAUUAUGCAAAAGCUAUCGCUCGUGGACAUGGACCUAAGUUGAACGAAAUUUGCCUUGCACUUUACCCUGAUGGCAAAUGGUCCCGAUCAGUAUGUUUAGACGUGAUUGCUGAUCCAGCUGGUAGUCGAUACAUGUGCAUGCAAGUUGACUAUGGAGAGACCCACAUCAUCGACAUUGACGACAUUCGACGUAUUCCGAGGAGAUUUAUCGACUUUUUGCCUUAUCUUGCACAACAUGCCAUCCUUGAAGGAACAGAUGCAAUGGAAGAAGUAAAGCAGGACCUGGUUACUCGUUUUAGUGACAUCCUGCCAAAAAACAGCAAGGUAAUUGUGAGUGUAGUUAGUCGCGUCGAGGUUACGUACAUCGUUCGUAUUCCCGAGGUUUCUGAAAUUCUAGCUUCGGAAGGUUUGCUCUAAAUUAAAAUUCAAACGAGAAAUUCGCCGCGAUUAUUUUAAACGCAAUCACUUCAUUUUGUUUCAUUAUGAUUUUCGCUUCAAACUAAAGCAACUUUUUCUUUGUCCAUCAGUCUCAUUGUAAUUUUAGUUUUCAUUGAAUUAAUGAAAGGGCUUUUUUUUAAAAAAAAAAGCUUACUUGUACAAACGACUGGAGGAGUCGUUAAGAAAUCUGAAAUUGUCUAAUUUGUCUAAUAAAAACUUAAAAAAACA